AUGAAUUAUCAUACAUAUACUUUAUUUUUUUAUUUAGUAAAAUUAUUAUCCUAAUUAUAAAUAAAUUCAGCUUGACUUUUUUCUCUUUUUAAUUUAGAAUUAUUAUNUCCAUGAUAAAAGUAAUAUCUAAAAAACAUAUACAUUUGGUGCUAUAUCUAAUUAAAGAUGGUUUGAUACUGCAUUACCUUAAGGUGAUAAUAAAGAUUGUAUAUUUUCUUUAUAUCCAUAUUUUGUUGUAUAUUAACCAAAGAAAGAUAGAACUGCCAAAAAGAACUUUUGUUAUCUUAAUACCAAAGAUAUUUCCAAACCUUAGGGUAUCGGUUUUGGAUUAGAUGAAAAUAAAUUUAGAAUUUGGAUUGAUAAAGAUUUAAAUAAAUCUACUUGUUCGUCUGAAGACUUAAGUUAUGAAAAUGGUGAUCUUGUUCAUAGACAUAUUAAAAAAUUAAAAGUUUUAAUUUAAAACCAUUUUAGAUUGCUGUGAUAGAAGUUUGGGGUAUAAUACCUCCAGCCAUUGAGGAACAAAUUGAAGAUCAUAAAAUUGCUAAUGCUGAACCAGAGUAUUAAUAAUUUGAAAUCUAUGCUACUGAUGAAAUUGAAAAUCAACAACACUUAGAGUAAUCAAUUUAUUAAAUUCUUUAGAUCAAAAGCUGAUUAUUAUUGGUCAAAUAAAUAAUAAGAAGUUAAAAUUGAAACUACUGGAACUAAUAACUUUUAUUGGAAUAAUGCAUAAACUGCUAAACCUAAUCUAUAAUACAAUUCAACCCUUACUAAAAGUCAACCAGUUAUUAAUCCUUAUUCUAAUUAAAGAUUAUCAGCUGAAGAAUAAAAAAUUGCUGAUUAACUUGUUGGAAUAAAUACUACUAACUAUAAUUAAUAAUAAUAAGAAUUUAUUACUUAAACUACUAUUACUAGAAGAAGCAAUUUAUAAAGACCAGUUUUAGAUUUUAAAUAAAAAACAACUUAUGAAUAAGAAAUCAUACCUAAAAGACAAGAUUAUAUCUCUGAAACUAAAAGUUAAAAACAGUAUUUAAUAAAUUAUUCAAUUUAGUGAAAUUUUUGGAACUAACAUUGUUGAAUCAUAAUAUCCUAGAUAGACUACUAAUGAAAAGGUAUAUUCAACCAAUUCAAGUUUAAAUUAGUCAAAAGGAAGAAAAACUGCUGACUAAAUUAUAUAAGAUUAUGAAUCAAGAAAAAGCAGGAGAAAUUAUUGA